AUGAAUCUGCGGCUCGAAUUGACACGGUUCUUAAACCUAUGGUUUGCACUAGCUUCCGCUUUCAUGUUUUGGAAAGGUCUUUCCAUAGUGACUGAUUCACAUUCUCCGAUCGUCGUUGUACUCUCAGGUUCCAUGGAGCCUGCUUUCCAAAGGGGCGAUAUUUUAUUUCUUUGGAAUAGGAACACAUACAGCAAGGUCGGGGACAUUGUGGUUUAUGAAGUGGACGGAAAAGAUAUUCCGAUUGUACACAGGGUCUUGCGGGAACACGUCGACGAGAGAUCUGGGAAACAACUUCUGCUCACCAAGGGCGAUAACAAUGCCGGAAACGACAUUCCUUUGUAUGCUAAACGUAAGGUUUACUUGAAUAAGGAGAAAGACAUCGUGGGGACGGUGAAGGGCUACAUUCCCCAGCUCGGGUACGUCACGAUCUGGAUCUCUGAAAAUCGUUAUGCAAAGAUGGGCCUGAUGGCUCUAAUAGGCUUGAGCGCAUUGCUAAGUAAUGAAUAG